UUUAGGGUUUGCGUAGUUUAGGGCCGAGUAGGGUUCUCCGCAGCGAUGGUGGCGCUCACUCUCCAGAAGCGCCUGGCGGCUGCGGUCCUCAAGUGCGGCAAGAACAAGGUGUGGCUCGAUCCCAAUGAAGUGAACGAGAUCUCCAUGGCGAAUUCCAGGCAGAACAUCCGGAAGCUCGUCAAGGAUGGCUUGGUGAUAAAAAAGCCCCAGAAAAUCCACUCUCGCGCGCGCGCCCGCCGCGAGCUCGAGGCCAAGAGGAAGGGUCGCCACUCGGGCAAAGGUAAGAGGCACGGCACUCGCGAAGCUCGGCUUCCAUCCAAGAUCGUCUGGCUGCGAAGAAUGCGAGUUCUUCGUCGUCUCCUUCGCAAGUACCGCGACGCGAAGAAGAUCGACAAGCAUAUGUACCACAGCAUGUACAUGAAGGUGAAGGGCAAUGUUUUCAAGAACAAGCGCGUGCUCAUGGAGAACAUCCACAAAUUCAAGGCCGAGAAGGCCCGUGAGAAGACCCUGACGGAUCAAUUCGAGGCCAGGCGCGCCAAGAACAAGGCCACCCGCGAGAGGAAAAUCGCUCGCCGGGAAGAACGCUUGGCCCAAAAGUAAUUUGCCUGUAUACAAGAGCAAAAGAGUCCUCGUCAGCUGCCACGUCUGGUCUUUUUGCUGACGUAAUCGCCUUGUCAUCUGCCACGUAUGCUCGUUCUGACGAGAGUGACAAAUAGAAUAUUUUGCACAUGCA